UACAUCUUCGAACCCGCUGAGAACUAAGCAAGUCAGUCGCCGCGAUCACACAAGUCCCGCAUCCACUAUCGUUCCCCAGGGCCCCGCUUUUGUCCCUCUCAUUAACCUUACCUACGUUAAAGCCUGUUUUCUGGGAGCAUGGAACAAUUUUCUACUCAUGGAAACUCAAACCUCCCAUCUCCAUCCUCCGACCAAAAGUCCACGAAGAGAAAGUGGGAAGACGAUGAUAUCCAAUACGAGUCCGAUCCCUCUGAACUCAGAUUCCUGGGGGAUGCAGGCAGCAGCAAACAAGCUGCCUGGUUGGUCAAGCUCCCGCCAUAUUUAACUAAUCACUGGAAGGAGCUUUUGGAUUCCGACGACAACGAAGAGCUAUUGCUCGGCGCUAUCAGGAUCAAGGUUCCAAAAUCUCAUGAGAAUGUAAGUUGGAUGUUUCACCGGCCUCAACCAGAUCAGCUAAAAUGGAUUCCUGACAUGGGCGGUGUUACCAGAAGCAAGAAAUGAGGCUCAGGUUGAAUCCUAGCCUAAAAACUAGUCGAAGUAUACCCCAGGAUUACCAAUUAGAAUCGCGCGGGAGCCCUCGCAACAUGUAUUGUUGGGCAGAGGAGGAGGGGGGUGUCCCAAAGAAACGAGAAGGGCCUCCCAUGCCAAUAGCUUUCAUCGAAAGGUCCCGUAGGGGACAUUGGGGCUCAGAAGGCACCCGGGAACCAAAGGAAACUACCUUCCGACGUCCUUCUAAAGGUAGUAGCAGGUAUUUUCAUAUGGUAGCUGAUCUCAUUUGCUGACUGCCUCUCGAGCAGUUAACAAAACUUCCUUUGUCGCCAAAUUCGGGGAUGAGCUUCUGGCGACCCCUAUCAGGGUGGAGGGUGCCCCGAUCCUUCACGCACAUCCUGAGGUCGCCAAAAAAGAGCUAGGAUGUAUCACACCAGUGAAUGCUCAGAUGAACAUCCUCAGGCCGGGCACCGUUGGGGAGUUUCCGAAUCGAAAAGGGAAGGAAUUGCUGUUUACUGCCGCUGCCGCAUGUCCACCCAUCGCACUUACUUUUCUUCAUCUAACAAAGUAUAGAAGCCCAUUUCCGGCCGCGGCCCCAAAGAUAAGGCAUACCGCAUGAACAAGGAUGUCCUAAUCUCUAGCCUCUACAAGCUCUUUGAAGAGAAGGAAUACUGGUACUUGAAGGAGUUUCGUGAGAAGCUCUUCCAGCCCGAGGGUUACCUGAGGCAGGUUCUGAAAGAAAUUGCUAUAUACCAUCAGGACGGGUCCAUGGCCGGAACCUGGGAAUUGAAUUCUGAUUCCAGGGAGGCUCUAAAGUGGGUGAAAGCACAGGUAAAAUGAGAAUUGGUGAAGGGGGUUUUAUUGUAUUUUCUUGUUCUAUAGUUGCUCCCCACUUAUGGGGAUAGCAGAAUCAUAUUUUGUAAGUACGAUAAAUCAAGUCAGCGUAGAGAGGAGAAUUCCCUCCUUUAAAACCCUCGCCAUUUGAAACCGUUGACACACUCCGCAAUACAGCGUAGCGUAUUAUUAGGCCUAUCAAAAGGAAAAACAUCUACAGCACCCAUGACCCCCGGAAAAGGCGCACUUGGCAGCCCAUACCGCUCGCCCCUGAAAGGCGAUGGCUACCGGAAAACCUGGAUGCUGCAGCAAUUGACAUACAAGUAUGAAUACUCGAGUACAUACACUUCAUGAAGAUCCAAGGAUAAGCCAUCACACUGCACAGCACAACCAGGCACCCCCUAGGCUAAAAUUGUAAGCAGUUGGCCUAGGAUCGUCAAAUGCUAAGCUAAAAGUCUAGAUAACUAUCCAGCUCCUCUGUGGCCGGACCAGGCACCACAGUAGAUGAGACGCCAAUCGUGCGAGAUAACUGCUGUCAGGCUUAGAAGGCAUUGAGAUUGGAGGAGCAGAGCGGGGCUGUUUUAAUGUGAUACCCACCUUACUACCAUUUCAAGCCCUUGUAAUGUUUUAAGGACCGUACUUUUUCGUGCCUGGAGAGA